AUGCAUCGGCGAAGUCCGAGGCUACUUAUAAUACACCUAGCAGUACUGUGCUUGUUUUUGGCAGAGGGAAGAUGUGGCUGGCCACAGUGGAUUCGGAAAAGAAGCACCGUCUCAAGUCAAACAAGAACACUUACUGUAGACACAUUGCAUGCCGAAGUAUACACAGCCAAACCUACGCUUUUCAGAAAAACCGACACAUCCAAUUUUGAAGCAUCCAACCCAGCAGCGACAGAUCCGCCCUACAGGGGUUUAAAGCAUGAAAUGGAGAGUUUGGAAACGUCACAAAACUCUUUUCCUAAGACAGGUACGGUUGUCGAUCAGGACGUAUCAAAAACGAUAUUAUCUUUAGCUUCGAGCGGAAGAAGUACUGAAAACUUCGAUUUGCUGGAUAUCAUACUAGCAACAGAUCUAGAGGGUAAUAUACACGCACUAAGUCGAUCUACAGGCGAGAUCCAGUGGUCCAUCGACCACGCCAGUCCACCUCUCAUCUCGGUCUCCGAGACAACACAACUACAAAAUGAAACCCUAAUUAUUGAACCAUAUGAUGAUGGUAACAUUUAUUACUAUAACAUUUUCCAAGGUUUGCAGAAAUUGCCUAUUUCCAUCAAGCAUCUCGUGGAUCUAUCGCCACUUGAUUUGAAGACGAAAAUUGUCAUUGACGAAGAUGGAACAACAAUCGAAGAUGAAAAAAUAUAUGCUGGCGCUCGACAGUCUGUUGUUUUCAAUAUCGACAUCAAAAGUGGUCAAAUAGUAUCGGCAUACGGACAAGGAACGGAUAAAUUUUUUAUUCAAGACACAGAGGUCGAUUGCAGUGAUACGGAAUCUGAUUUGGCUUCGUGUGAUGACAUCUUCGUGCUGGGGAAAACAACUUACCAGUUGGGCAUAUACAACAAAAGCGGUAUUGUGUACAACGUGACUUAUGCGGUUUGGAAACAAAAUGCUGCGGACGCACAUUUAGCAUUGGAUUACACACAACCGUCUGAUGGCGUUUCGAUUGAGCCAUUCGAUGGCAAUUCUCUAUUAGCAGUGGACUCCGAGCUGAGGCAUGCAAAAUGGAUCUCCUCACAAUUUCAAAGUACCAUCAACAGCGUUUUCGAUGUUUUCAUUGAUAGAGAUACAAAUGAAAAAAUUCUUCUGCCACAUCCUUUGAAUCCAAGGUCUGAAGCUCGCGGCGAAAACAGUGUUUUAAUUGGCCUUACUUCUGAAAAUAGUUUAUUUGCGAUGUCCGAUGUUCACUACCCCUCUCUAGUGGGCUCUGCUUCGAAUUCAGGAAGUAUGAAGCAGAAAAAGGAUUGGAGCAUGUGUGCGGCUGGGAAUGGAACCGUAGAAGAGGCCAUACUGGGUGUUCAUGAAUUGCAAAACCUUCAAUUCGAGCAAGUUCGCUACAAUAGGUCAAAUACUCUACAACCGUCUUUACCAAGCGAUUCCAAACCACUUCUCGAUGCACCAAGUAGGUUGAGUAGGAAUCCGGAUGCUCUCGCUCUUGAAGCAGCCUCACCAAAGGCGCUUGAUAGAUACGUUUCCGAAAGGGAACUUCAAGUGCUGCGUUUGGAGGCAGAAGAAAGAUUUGCGCGGGAGCUGCUAUUGAAAGAUCGGAAAUCCUACGUGUUCAGGUUUGCAGAUUUUGUUUAUCGGAUCGUGGAAGGUGGGCUUAUGCUUGUGUUUUCAUUUUUCAUUUUAGGCCUACUGUCGAAAUUCAAAGUUUUGGCGCCCUUGCACGCAUGGUUAGAACGCGCUGGCUUAUUUAAAAGAGAGACUAUGAAGACCGGUUCUGUGGAAAUAGAGAAUGAUAACAAACCUGCGUCUGAAUCAACAGCCGAAGAGUCGGGCAAAAAGCAUGUCAGGAUCGAGGAACCUGAAUUCAACAUUGAUAAUAUACCUGAUGGUAGCUCCUCGGUCGAUCGCAAAAAACGCAAGAGAGGCUCCAGGGGCGGAAAGAAAAACAAGAAAGAAUCUAGCCCUGCUAUGGCAGAAAUUGAAUUACGGGGCCAUGAUGUUGAAGUUGAAAGAGGCCUUCAGAACUUGGUGGUUUCUAAAAAAGUUCUUGGGUAUGGAUCGGCGGGGACCGUCGUAUUUCAGGGAACAUUUCAGCACAGACCUGUUGCCGUCAAGCGCAUGCUUAUCGAUUUUUAUGACGUUGGGACUCAAGAAAUAAAGCUUUUAACCGAAAGUGAUCAUCAUCCCAAUGUCGUAAGAUACUAUUGCUCGGAAACAUCAGGCCGCUUUUUUUACAUUGCUCUAGAAUUAUGCACUGCGACGUUAGAGGAUGUGAUAACAGGUAAAGGGUCGAGCUCAGCUGUAUUAGAGGCACAGAGCACUCUUGAUCCGCUCAAUGUACUGCUUCAAAUCGCCCAAGGAGUAGCACAUUUGCACGCUAUAAAAAUCGUUCACCGAGAUCUAAAGCCCCAGAACAUUCUGGUGGCCCCUACCCGGAAGUACAUGCAACGAGUCAACAAUAAUCUUGCUCCAAUGAGGGUACUCAUUUCCGAUUUUGGCCUUUGUAAAAGAUUAGGACCAGAUCAAUCAUCUUUCCACACACGCCAAGGUAAUGCUUCUGGCACAAGUGGUUGGAGAGCUCCCGAGCUUUUGGAGAUAGAUCAAAACUGCAGCGAUAGCGAUACCAGGGAUGAAGAAUCAGGUCUGGAAAGUUUGGAACCAUCCACUUACGAUCCGUUCUACCAUAAACGUCUGACAAGAGCUAUAGACGUCUUCUCCAUGGGAUGUUUGUUCCACUACGUGCUUUCCAAAGGUGGCCACCCUUUUGGUGACAAAUAUUCACGGGACGCAAGCAUUUUGAGGGCUGAAUACUCUUUGGAAGGUAUCAAAAAGUCUCUGCGAGACAGAUAUGCAGUCGUUGAAGCAACCGAUUUGAUAACGAGGAUGCUUUCACAUGAACCCUCUGAAAGGCCGACAGCAGACGAUGUAAUCAAGCAUCCACUUUUCUGGUCACUUCCAAAGAAGCUUGAGUUUCUACUCAAAGUAAGUGAUCGGUUUGAGAUAGAGAGACGAGUACCUCCUAGUGACCUCUUACUGAGACUCGAGGCGGUAUCAGAAAUGGUUAUACCGAAUCGCGACUGGACUGUUAAGUUCGAUACUAUCUUUAUGGAUAACUUGGGUAAGUACCGAAAAUACAGCGGCGAAAAGUUGAUGGAUCUUUUGAGGGCUCUUCGUAACAAAUACCAUCAUUUCAUGGAUUUGCCGCAAGAACUUGCAGAGGUGAUGGGUCCAAUCCCUGACGGCUUUUAUCUUUUCUUCGCGAGAAGAUUUCCUCGUCUUUUGAUUGAAAUAUACUUUGUUGUUCGGGAGUACCUGAAAGAUGAUCAGAUUUUGGGAAGCUAUUUGUAA